AUGCAGUCUAUCAACCGUUUCUUCUAUGGACCGACGCCAGAGGAACGAGUGAAGGCAUGGCAGGCAAAGUUGCGCGCAGAGCAGCGGGUUUUGGAUAGGGAAAUGAGGCAGCUUGAUAUUGCUACGAACAAGGCGCGGCAGACCGUGAAGCAGCUGGCGAACAAGGGCGAUGUAAAGUCCGCACGUAUAUUAGCAAGAGAAGUGGUCAGAAGCAACAAGCAGAAGGACAGGCUCUCCGUCAGCAAAGCCCGCUUGGGCUCAAUCGGCAACCAGCUGUCGCAGCAGCUGGCCCUCUUGAAGGUCACCGGAGCGUUGCAGAAAUCCACUGACAUCAUGAAGCUGUCCAAUUCGUUGAUCAAGCUUCCGCAAAUCAGCCAGACCAUGCGCGAGAUGUCGAUGGAGAUGACGAAGGCUGGCAUCCUGGAAGAAAUGCUGGAGGAUACCCUUGACAUGGACGAAGAUGAAGAAAUAGAAGACGAAGCCGACGCAGAAGUAGAUAAAGUUCUGUAUGAACUGACGGAAGGCAAACUUGGUUUGGCCAGCACGACUGCGGGUCUUCCAGUGUUGGAAGAUCAACUAGAAGAUGAGGAGACGGAGAGGAACAUGGAGAAGUAUAGGCAGCAACUGAACGGUCUCCUCAGUGGUUAA